AUGCGUCUAAUUGUCAUUGAAAAUGUGCUUCGCUUUUGUCGGCCGCUACAAACAUCCUGGGAAGGAAAGUGUAAAAGAAAGGCCGAGUUGGUUGAGCAAGCGUUUAAUUCUCAUUCAGUGAAGCUCGCGAAAGUGUCUGAAGAGGAAAGUGAAAAUGAAAAUCUUAUCAUGGCCGAAUUACUUGCCACAGACGAGGGUGUCUUACCAGACCCAGCAUCCAUAUUGAAAUCGAACUGUAGUAGGAACCUCACAAUAUUUCCAGAGUUCACCUCUCCAGAUAUAUGCAACUAUCUUCUGGGAAAGACUGACGAGUACUCUGAAGGAACCUUAAAAUCUUUUAAAAGCCUUACGGGUUAUAAACUGUUCAAAGAUGGACAUGUUCUGGACCAGUUCCUCAUGGCGUAG